GGAUCCAACCCAGGUGCUUAUUCCUGAGGAUACGCAGGUAUUGACAAGAUUUUACAGCACAUUAUGCUUCAUUUUGAAUAUGAAGUUUUAAAGUUCAAUGCAGUUGGUACGCACAUGGCAUUAAAUCUCAUGUGCUCUUGUAGUAUUUGUGGUGACCAAUUCUUAUGGAAUUGUGUCGAUUUGAUACCGUGUAAGGUAUUUUGCACCGCAAGCCAAAAGCUGAUGAACGCGAAUUCGAGUUCUGCACCUUUCGCAACAGAUAUUUCAAACUUAGAAGACCCAACUUACAAGGUAGGAAAACUCUCAGUUGAGCAGAGGAAGGAGAAGAUCCAUCGGUACAUGAAGAAGAGGAACGAAAGGAACUUCAGCAAGAAGAUUAAGUAUGCGUGCCGCAAAAGUCUGGCAGACAGCCGUCCGCGAGUGAGAGGGAGAUUCGCAAAGAACGAGGAAUUCGGGGAGAACUCUAGGCUCGCUUGUGGCCAUCUUGGGGAUGUUGAAAAGGACGAAGUGGUUGUGAAAGAAGAUGACAUGAUGGAAUCAUCUGAUAUCUUUGCUCAUAUCAGUGGAGUCAAUUCCUUUAACUACUCAAUCCAAUCUUGGAUUUGAAUAGCCAGAUCUUACAGACCCGAGCAAUUCCAUCACACAGUUUUGCAGGACUUGGUGAAGCCCGGAUCUCUGUUUCUGCAGACCGGCUGACUAAUAAGAGCUAGUGUAUCAAUACAUGAGUCAGGACUAAUUAGUAUGACGAUAGGAAUUAAUGUACUUUUGUAUAUAAGGUCUGUAUGUUAUAAAGUAUAUCGAUUAGACUCUGUAGACCUGAGACUGGGAA